AUGUCACCUAAACUGUUUACUCUAGCUCUAGAAGAGGUAUUUAAAAAGCUGGAAUGGGACACCAAGGGCAUUAGCGUAGAUGGUAUCAGACUAAACCAACUCAAAUUUGCAGAUGAUAUAGUUCUAAUAGGUAACAUCACAGAACUAGAUGAAAUGUUAAAUGAAUUACAUCUAUCAGCUACAAAGAUAGGACUGAACAUAAACCUUAAUAAAACAACAAAAACACUGACUACAAAAGAACUGAGUUCUGAAGACAGUGUUUCAGGAGCGAACGGUCUGCGAAGGCGUGGCCGGCAGACGUACACCAGGUACCAGACCCUCGAGCUCGAGAAGGAGUUCCACACGAACCACUACCUGACCAGGCGGAGAAGGAUAGAGAUGGCGCACGCGCUGUGCCUGACAGAGAGGCAGAUAAAAAUAUGGUUCCAGAAUAGGCGAAUGAAGCUGAAAAAGGAGAUACAGGCCAUCAAGGAACUGAACGAGCAGGAGAAGCAGGCGCAGGCGCAGAAGGCCGCAGCAGCCGCGGCCGCUGCUGCGGCACAACAAGUAGACCAGAAUUAGUUGACUGUUAAUUUUCCCAUUUCUAGUGACGAUGAUGGGAUGCGGCUGAGU